AUUACACAUGUUCAAGGUAUAAAACCGUUGGGCUCUAAGUGAAGGAGCUAACCUAAAGCCUAAUACCUUGCCCGGGUUUCAUUGGCCCAAAACUAUCAACCGACUUAGCCAAGCCCAAUCCAUUCAGUCACGUCGUUGUUACCCAGGAUAUUCUCCGUGAAGACCAGGUCAAACCCCAACGGUCCUCAAAAUAUGCCACGUGGUAUCACCUCCACUCUCCACCCGUGCGUUGCGUUCAGGCAGGGAUCUCCAUCUCUCUUUCACUCUUGCUUUUUCUCUUCUCAGCAAACGUUCUUUUUGUUUUUUUUCCUCUGAACCAAACGGUAAACACAGCAUUUUCUUCCAAUCUCUUUUACAUCUCUGUCUCAAAACAGAGCUUUUUUUUUUUUUUUUGUUUUCGUUUUAGUUUCUUCUUUCGGGUAUAGUAGAAAAAAAUCUGAUUUUCUUUAAAUUGUAAAAAAAUGGAAAAUGAGUUCAAAUUAUGCACGCUCUGUAUUAACCAAAACUAUCCUCUUUUAGGGCUAUUUUUAAUCCUAGGAUUGAUACCCAGAUCCGCAUUUGUCUCCUUCUUUGGUAAGAACCAAUUGUAAACAGACAUUUAGCUUGUUCUAAAAAAGGUAUAUUUGUCCAAGUAAAAACAAGCGUUUUCAAUUUUUAUUUUUGGUUAGUUUUGCCUAAGUUUAGUUGUAAUUUUUAUUACGCAUUUAAUUCAUUUUCUGUCUUUAACAAAUUUAGACAACUGAAUUAUUACUUAUUUACAAAAAAUAAUUGCUAUUUUUUCAUUGUUGGUUAAUUUUACCUCCAUUUUUGUUUUAUUUGUUUUUGGGGGGCAAAAUUGCCUUUUGAAAUUCCAUAGUUUGGUUCAAAGAAUCACCAUUUUGAUCUGUUUCUCAGUUUUUGAGUUUUUUUCUUUGUUUUGGGUUUUUGUUGAUUGUACUAUAAGCGUUUUGGGAUCUCUCAAAUUUGUCAUCUCUUUAGGAUAUCCUUUGAUUUGGGAUCUGGGGUCUACGAUUCCUUUUAUAUAAUUCAAAAUCAAAUUUCUAGAGAGAAAAUUACACAUUUUGUAGAGGAAUUAGAUUGUUGAUCCAGGGGGCAAUUUCUCUGGGAUCGUUGAAUCCUAUAAUACAGGAGAAAACUGCAUUGAAUUAGGCGUUUUCCUUUUUGGAAAACAACAGGGGCUCCAAAUUAUGGGUUGCAUUUGCUCGAAAGGAACUCGAGCAAAUGAAUAUGUUGAAAAUAACCGUGGCAAAAAAGACAAGGUCCAUAAGGACAAAGGAAAAACCUCAAAAAUUUUAUCUGUUUCUUGUAAGAGGGACAAUGUUGCAGUGGAGGCAGAUGCCACUGCACGGCUGAUAUCAAAUCAUGAGCCAAAUCAAAAUGCCGUUUAUGCGCCUGCAUCCUCUUCUGAUGAUGAGGAAAAGAAGGCGGCAUUGGCGGUUGUUGAGAGGUCUAAAAGGACCCCAUCCCAGCCGCAAAGGCAGUUAACAAUGGAGGCAGGGGCGAGGGGUGGACAAGGGCAACCGAGGAUGUCCGGGAUAAUGAGUGCAACAGGUGGCGAGAGAGGUGCACAAGUGGUUGCUGGUUGGCCUUCUUGGCUGGCAGAUGUAGCUGGAGAAGCCAUCAAUGGUUGGAUACCUCGAAAGGCAGACUCAUUUGAAAAGUUGGAGAAGAUUGGUCAAGGAACUUACAGCAGCGUGUACAAAGCUCGUGACCUUGAAUCAAACAAGAUAGUUGCCUUGAAGAAAGUGCGAUUUGCUAAUAUGGACCAUGAAAGUGUUCGAUUCAUGGCAAGAGAAAUUAUUAUUUUGCGUAGGCUUGAUCACCCUAAUGUCAUGAAGCUUGAAGGUAUAAUUACUUCUAGGGUGUCUGGAAGCUUAUACCUUAUAUUUGAAUACAUGGAGCAUGAUCUUGCAGGGCUUGCUGCAACACCUCGUGUUAAGUUCACUGAGGCUCAGAUCAAGUGCUAUAUGCAACAGCUGCUCUGCGGACUUGACCAUUGCCAUAGUCGUGGUGUUUUGCACCGUGACAUAAAGGGCUCAAAUCUCUUGAUAGACUACAAUGGCAACCUCAAGAUUGGUGAUUUUGGACUGGCAACCUUUUUCCAUCCCAGUCAGAAGCAGCCUUUAACAAGUCGUGUAGUAACUCUAUGGUAUCGCCCUCCUGAGCUUUUGCUUGGUUCUACAGACUAUGGAGUUUCUGUUGAUCUGUGGAGUUCUGGUUGCAUUCUUGCAGAAUUAUUUGCUGGAAAGCCUAUCAUGCCAGGAAGAACUGAGGUGGAGCAACUGCAUAAAAUCUUCAAACUCUGUGGAUCACCUUCUGAAGAGUAUUGGAAGAGAUCAAAAUUGCCACAUGCAACCAUCUUCAAGCCUCAACAUCCUUAUAAACGUUGUGUUCCUGAGACAUUUAAGGACUUUCCUAUAUCUGCUUUGGCCCUUCUGGAGGUUCUUCUUGCAGUAGAACCCGAGUUUCGUGGAACUGCUUCUUCAGCACUUCAGAGUGAGUUCUUUACAACAAAUCCUCUUCCCUGUGAUCCAUCUAAUUUGCCCAAGUAUCCACCUAGUAAGGAAUUUGAUGCCAAGCUUCGAGAAGAGGAAUCUAGGAGGCGAAGAGCGGCUGGUGGGAAAGUACGUGGACAUGAUUCAGUUACAAAGGUUUCCAGAGAAUCUACAGCUGUUCCUGCCCCAGAUUUCAAUGCUGAGUUACUGAAGCGGCAAGGACAGUUCAAUGCUAAAAGUGUCAGUGAAGGAUACCAUCCUGAAGAAGACGUGGGUGCUGGCUUCCCUAUUGAGCUUCCAGAAGGAACAGCAAGAGUUGUAUACUCUCAUUCUGGGCAGUCAAUGCACCCAAGCAACUUUGGAUCUUCACAAAAUAUGAAGGCCAAUGAGAUUGAGUCUAUGAAGACUUCUGCUCGAGUAUUUGGUUCUCCAAGGAACCCUGAAGAGUUGAGAACUCAGGCAACAUAUGUCAAUCAUGGAGCAGAGGAAUUGUCCAGAUUUUCUAGCUCAGUUGUAGUUAGAGGCAGUUCACGGUUUGAUAUGACCAAACAGAACAGCAUAAAUCCACACUGGCCAGAGGAGCGUUUUAAUGACAGAUUUAACCAUCUGGAUAAUGCUGGGUCCUCUGAAAAUCAUGAAUGGUCCCAUCAUUUACUUGAUUUGCCAAAGACUUCACAUGUGAAGGAUGGACAGCUAUCUUCCAAGGAAUCAACAGUGCGUUAUGUUCCCAAGAAUAACCGAAUCCAUUAUUCUGGACCAUUGAUGCCUCCUGGAAGAAACCUUGAGGAAAUGCUCAAAGAGCACGAGAGGCAGAUUCAGAAUGCUGUCCGAAAAGCUCGUUUGGACAAGACAAAGGCAAAAAAUAACUUUGAUGAUAAUGGACAAACUGAAUCACUACUUUACCAUGCGAGAUAUGCCAGGUGACAAAUCAGAAAGAAGCUUAUACCAGCUUUAUUUUGAUACAGAAGCUCAGCAGAGUGUCACAAUUUAAUUAUUAGGAAGAAUUAUUUUCUUUUGGAGGUCUGAUAAGUCUUGCUGCCAGAAGAGGUUCAACAAUCAUGAAAUCCCCAUGGAUUUCAACCUGGCAGCUAGAUUUUUUUUUUGCUGCCAAUUUUUCCAUCCGAAGUUCUAACCACAAAAAAAAAAGCAUUGGACGAUUGAGAAUGGUGGUGGUAUAUGGUGAUUUCUGUUGAGAUUUGCAUACUUGCCAUUUUCUUGUUACCUCAGGUGGAGGUCUCUGUCCUUCAACUGUUGGAACUAUGCUUUGUACAGCUAUAGUAAGUUUCUUAUAAUUAAGUUUACUGCAUUCUUUGUAAAGGCCAAAUGAUCAUCUCGAAUUUACUGAGCACAGACUGGUCCUUUCAUAACACAUUUUUUUCAGUUUGUCAGUCGAUUAUUCUCGAAGAUAUAACUCCCCUUGUUUCUUU